AUGGGUCAUGGAUCUGGGAAAUUUUAUACUAGCGUCUAUCAGGCAUUAGUAAUGUAUGAAAGUCCCCUUAAGGGACUCAGAGCUCUUGAGAUGAGAAAUGUAGACCUAAACUGUGCUCAGAAUUCCAUCAGCCACUGCACACAGCAUUUUAGUGCUAAUAAACUCAUAGUGAGACGAGGCCAGCCCUUUGGGUUCCAUGUGCAUUUCCAAAACCGGGAAUGGGAUGAUGAGAAUGACAAGAUCAUGUUCUCAGUGGAGACAGAUGACACUGUGUAUUUAGACAACCAAGCUCACAGAGAAGAAUAUGUCUUGAAUGAGGAUGGGAUUAUAUUCAAAGGUCUUCCCAAACACAUAACCAUGCAUCCAUGGCAUUUUGGACAGUUCCAAGGUGAUGUUCUGGAUAUCUGUUUGAAAAUUCUGGAUUCAAAUACAAAUUUCCUGCGUGAUCCUGGUAUGGACUGUUCCUGUCGUAAUGACCCUGUAUAUAUCAGCAGGGUGCUUAACACAAUGAUUGGUUGUCAUAAGAAGAAAAGCAUUUUAAAGUUUCCAUUCAACAAUAACUACCUUCAGGGACUCAGUCCUUCAAUGUGGAAUGGAAGCAUCCCUAUCCUUCGGCAAUGGAAUCAGAACAAAUGCAAACCUGUCAAAUAUGGGGACUGUGGAACAUUUGCUUCUGUGCUAUGUACAGUAAUGAGGUGUUUGGGAAUUCCAAGCCGAGUUGUUACAGGCUUCUACUGUCCUUUGAAUGCUGUUAACCCUCUUAUUGUUCAGGAGGUUUUUGACUACACAGGAAAAAACAUAAAUGGCAAAGAAUAUGUCUGGACAUAUCAUUGCUGGAAUGAAUCUUGGAUGGUUCAAAAAGACCUAAAUCAAUCUGGAAGUGAUUGGCAAUAUCUUGACCCAACUCCUGUAGAAACUAGUAAAGGUUCUUUGCAAGAUAAAAAAGCCUUCUAUAAAGCUUGUAAGAAAAUUAAUCCUCAGUACCUCAAUGCUCCCAAUUCUGAGAUUGAGAAAGAUAUAUUAUUCCAGAGAAACAGAAGUCUGAAAGACACUGGGAUCACAAUGAAAUUUAAGAUGGUUAAUUGUCCCAUAUAUGGUCAAAACGUUCAGAUCAACUGGGUGCUUGAAAAUUUGUGUGAUGAGAUCAAAGAAAGGAAAUUCAACCUUAGUGCUCAAGGAAUGAUGCACAAUGGAAGUUCAUUGGAACAGUUCUGGAAGGAAAAUAUGUAUGUCACACUUGGUCCAAAAGAAGUGAAGAAAAUCCUGAUAGAUAUCCCAUAUGAUAGCUAUGGACCUCACCUUUGUGAUGAUAAUGUUAUGAGAGUGGUAGUAGUCUCAAUGCCAGAGCCCAAAGGGGAAAUCAUGAUGAUGGAGAGAGAUAUCCUGAUCGACAGUUUACCAAUUGAGAUAAAGAUUUUAGACCACCCCAAGUUGAAUGUGUCAUGCUGUACAGAAAUCACAUUCUCUAAUCCCCUGAAAGAGGACCUCAAGAACUGUGUGCUCCACCUGGAGGGCUAUGGACUGAUUGGUGAACCAAUAGCUACUGAAUUGGGAACACUGGAUGCUAGUCAUAAGGCACAAACUUGUGUAGAGUUUACUCCAUGCAGGUAUGGCAAACACCAAUUUGUGGCGAGUGUUAGCUGCCAUAAGUUUUGCAACUGCAAAGGAUAUGCCAGUAUAGACAUGGGUGGUCCACCAACAACAUCUGGAGAGGGAGGUGCAUAA